AUGGGGAGUAAAACGGUGACUCUAUCGGAGGCCAAGAUUUUCCUCGCCGACUUUGGCGAAAGCUUUUCACCCUUGCAAAAAUCCCGAUGCGACUCCCACGCACCUCUCUUGGUUCGACCGCCGGAGACUAUACACGAGCCAUCCAGACCGCUUACGUACUCCUCCGACAUAUGGAUGCUCGCCUGUUCUAUCCGGGAGAUUAUCGGGCAGAGAACACUGUUCGAGCCCUGGUUUCCCACCGAGGACAGCAUUACUCGUGAACAGGUAUAUGUCUGCGGUAUACUGCCGCCUGAAUGGUGGGCGAAAUGGGAGACACGGCACAACUGGUUCGCCGAGGAUGGCAGUCCUAUAUCGGAGCCAUAUCUCCCACCUUUAGAGGGCCACUUCGACAAAUGCGUGCAAGCGCCGCGGCGAAAAGAAGGAAUGCCCACAUUCGACACGGAGGAGAAAGACGCUGUCCUGGCCAUGCUACGGUCAAUGCUCUCGUACGAGUCUGAGGCGCGGCCGACUGCAGAACAACUCCUGAAGUCGGAGUGGAUGCAGAAUUGGGCACUCCCAACCUACGAAAAGAUCAGAGAGUAG